CCUCCCAGCUCCGCGUUUAUCCAACUCCUCCGACACAUACUGGGAGCAGCUUUUAUAAGACGUGUGUAAAAUAUGGAGGCUUUGUAGUGAAGUGACGGGAUUAUAGACGCUGGAUACUUCCUCCGCCACUCUUUCCCUCUGGACACUUGGACACUCCUUAAUUUUUGUUCGCUCGAUGUGGACCGAGUUCAGCAGGGAUCCCAGCAGACAGUCCCUGGUGGUUUGUGUAUAGGAAAUGGCAACUGCUCUCAGUGGCCGAAACCCUGGAGGACGAGGGCCGAACAGAAGUAAGGGUCGGAUUUUAGGCAUCAUCGAUGCAAUCCACGAUGCAGUGGGGCCGCCGAAACAAGCGGCUGCCGACCGGCGGACUGUGGAGAAAACCUGGAAACUCAUGGAUAAAGUUGUCCGCCUCUGCCAAAAUCCCAGACUCCAGCUGAAAAACAGUCCGCCAUACAUCCUGGAUAUCUUACCUGAUGCCUACCAGCACUUGCGGCUUACACUGGGCAAAUAUGAAGAGAACCAGAGACUCACACAGCUCAGUGAAAACGAGUAUUUUAAAAUCUACAUCGACAGCCUUAUGAGGAAAUCCAAACGGGCCAUCAGACUCUUUAAAGAGGGAAAGGAGAGGAUGUAUGAGGAGCAGUCACAGGACAGGAGGAACCUGACCAAGCUGUCUCUGAUCUUCAGCCACAUGCUGGCUGAAAUCAAAGCCAUCUUUCCCGGAGGACAGUUCCAGGGGGACACUUUCAGGAUCACCAAAGCUGAUGCCGCUGACUUCUGGAGGAAAUUUUUUGGAGAAAAGACAAUAGUGCCGUGGAAAGUAUUCCGACAGUGCCUUCACGAAGUGCAUCCCAUCAGCUCAGGCCUGGAGGCCAUGGCUCUCAAAUCCACCAUCGACCUCACCUGCAACGACUACAUCUCUGUGUUUGAGUUCGACAUUUUCACACGCCUCUUCCAGCCGUGGGGAUCAAUUCUGAGGAACUGGAAUUUCCUGGCGGUGACACACCCUGGCUACAUGGCCUUCCUUACAUAUGAUGAAGUCAAGGCCCGACUGCACAAGUACAUCAACAAGCCUGGCAGUUACAUCUUCAGACUGAGCUGUACACGGCUGGGCCAGUGGGCCAUUGGCUAUGUGACUAAUGAUGGCAACAUACUGCAGACCAUCCCCCACAACAAACCGCUGUUCCAGGCCCUCAUUGAUGGCUACAGAGAGGGCUUCUACUUGUUCCCCGAUGGUCGCAGUUACAAUCCUGACCUCACUGGUUUAUGUGAGCCGACGCCUCAUGAUCACAUCAAAGUGACACAAGAGCAGUAUGAGCUGUACUGUGAAAUGGGCUCCACCUUCCAACUCUGUAAGAUCUGCGCUGAGAACGACAAAGACGUCAAGAUUGAACCCUGCGGUCACCUCAUGUGUACUUCCUGUCUCACAGCCUGGCAGGAAUCGGAUGGUCAGGGUUGUCCAUUCUGUCGUUGUGAGAUCAAAGGCACAGAGCCCAUCAUUGUUGAUCCCUUUGACCCAAGGAAUGAGGGCAACAAGUGCUUUUUCCUAGACCAACACAGCUGUCCCAUGCUGGAGCUGGAUGAUGAGGAAGACAGAGAGGACUGCCUGGUGAUGAAUGGACUGGCCAACAUCAGGAAGCACUGUGCAGAGCGUCAGAACUCGCCCAUGGUGUCUCCCAGCUCUUCACCUGUCAGCCAACACAGAAAAGUCCAGGGUGGAGACACCAGCCACUGUGUCCAGCACCUCGGCCUUCCCCCAGUCCCGCCACGACUCGACCUCAUCCAGAAGGGUGCCAUCCGUUCCCCGUCUGCCAGUCCCACCGGCUCCCCGAAGUCAUCACCAGGCAUGUCCAGGAAACAGGACAAGCCUCUCCCAGCCCCGCCUCCUCCUCAGAGGGACCCACCUCCACCGCCUCCUCCUGAGCGUCCCCCUCCCAUCCCCCCAGAGUCGCGUCACUCUUGGCUCCCAGGUUCCUCCUCCUUAUCUUCUUCCAUCUCAUCUUCUACUGGCACGCUGUCAGACUCCCAGAUGCCCCCUGAGACACGAUGUCCCAAAGACAGCCACUUUGCAGAUGCCCACAGGACUGGAUCGGAGCACCCGCUCCAGCUGGAACCCAGCGGCCCCUCUCACCUUAACGGAAGACCGCUCAGUUGUCCAUCAGCUGGAUUUGGGAGGUUACAUCACAGAAUGGAGGGAGCAGGAACCUCAGAGAGCUCCAAGCCCUUCUCUAAUGGUGUGCAAGUCAGCGAUGAGUAUGACAUCCUUCCCUCACGGCACUCGCCAACGCAGUCCUCGCUUGCCUGUAGCCACAAACCUUCCAACCCUUUCAGCAGUCCUGUGAUAGAACGACAGCGGGGAGGGAUGGAGAGAGCGGAGGACGAUUACCAGAUCCCUUCAUCCAACCUCUGCCUGAGCCAGGCUCCCAUCUGCAUCUCUGUACCCAGCAGGCACUUGGAGAACGGCUCUCCAGAGCCCUCCAACGACGAGAAGAAGUCCCAGCCACCCGAGCCUGGUGGACACUCCGAGUCAGUCAGGGGCUUGGUCCCGCGGGUGCCACACACUGCCCCCUGCCCCUUCAGCGCCAACAAGAUACCCUCCGACUAUGACAUUCUGCUGCCUCCACAAGCAUUAGAAGACCCCUUCAACAGCCGCCCUCCGUCCCAGCCUCCUCCUCCACCAGCGCGGCACAGUUUCAUCGACCUCUCCUCCUCUUCUUCGUCCUCAUUCUGCAACUCCUCCACAUCCUCAUCCUCUGUCACUGCACGACCACACAGGCCCUCAUCUGGACACGAGCACUUGCUGUUAACCCCCGACACGGUGUUUGACAUGCUGAACAGUGCUGCUCCUCUGCCUCCAGUCAGACGACACACAGAACACGUUAAAGGCUCCAGAGGCUGCCUGGAGUACGACCAUUUACCAGCCAGUCAAGUAUCGAUGGACUGUUUGCAGGCCCCUGCCAGGCCGCCCAAACCACUGCCCAGAAAGAUCCCUCCGGACAUUCAGCCGAGCAAACCCCACAGUCUAGAGUCAGAGAACGUGGACGCCAAAAUUGCCAAGCUGAUGGGGGAGGGUUACUCUUUCGAGGACGUGAAGCGGGCACUGAUGAUCGCCCAGUACAAAGUGGACGUGGCCCGACACAUUCUGCGAGAGUUUGCCUUAGUGGCCCCGAGGCUGAACCUCUAGUCUUAGAGACAGUGAAAGGGGAGCACAACAAUGAAGCUGUGCCUCUGAAUGAACUGAACUAAAAGGGCUUCUUCAUUCUGCUCGGCCUGGGACUGUUGUAACUACAGUUAUCAACAGAAAUAUUUCAAGACACUUGCCUUUUGUUGCCGAACAGAGACGACGAUGCACAACAAAGUGGCUAAAACCAAAUCACAGUAGAACACAGAGAAUCAAAAAAAGGGAGAAAAGACCAUCUGUGAAUGAUUUAAACCUGUGAAAAAAAGAAACCAGGCUUGGUGUUGUUUACAGUGAGCUGUGCCGGUGCUGGCCUCUGGUUUUCAAACGCUCCUGUUUGUCUCCAGGCUUGGACUGUAUGCCUGUUUAAUGGCCUGAUCCUGCUACUGCUGCUACUGUUCCUUUCACAUCCUGCCACUCUCCUGAUUAGGUUUGAAGGGCCUUUCAAUAGAGCAAGACAUCUCUAGCUCUUUUUUAGCCGAACAUGCACAGCCAAUGUGUAGGGGUCAUUUUUAUUUACAACCAGUGGGGGGAGCCAGACUCCACCGUUUCUCUUCUCUAACUCCUUUUUUACUUUCCUCUCUACAUGUCUGCUAUUUCACCCACUCUCUGCUCUUCCUUCGUGUGUUGCCCAUUAGAGGAUACUCCAUUAUUUGCCCAAGGUCUGGCUGACUUGCAGGUCGUAACAAGGUGUGGUGAGUCAGGAGCAGUUAAAUGGAGCCAGAGGAUGCCUUAUUGAUUCACUUGUUUCCCUCAGACCUGGAGAAAACUGUGCGACAGCUCCAGACGAGCACUCUUGUUGGACUUGGUAUCUUAUUUGGACAAGAGGAGGGAAACAGGAAAAGGAUAGAAGGUUUAUUUUCUCCUUGUUUCUGUUUCAAGACUAGGGGAUUCAUCAGCUGGUGCUUUUUUUUUAACUUUCUUCAUCUGAGCACAGCAAGCCUAUGAAUGUAUUCAUUCUGUUUGAGUGAGCUACACCUUUGUACACUGAGCUCCUCUCAGGCCCCCAUCUUGCCCUUUAAUGACUAAGUGGUGGAAAUGUUUAAUGUUUGUGGAAUUCUCUUAAUUUCUCCAUGACAAAAGCCAGAGUGCCUGCAUUUCAGCUCAAGCAUUUAAAUGACAGGAGUGAGCCAGACGUCGCUGAUAGAGACGAUGUGCUCUGCAGCCGCCUGUCGCCACUUCAAUUACACAGCCAUCAUGUGCUGAAAAUGUCCACAUUCCCCACGUGUCUGAGGAAUCGCUGUCAGUCUGAUUUGCAGUAAUUAUGCAUCUUCUCUGUGGGGUUAUAGUGUGAAUACAGCAGAGACGAACAGAGUACUGCAGAGCAUUCAAACACUGAGAUGAGUCAUAUGCACCUUCACAGUGCAGUAGCGUGAAGUUAAAAGCCCCUUAACCCAGAAUCUGGAAUCAGGUGUAUUUCUCCAUAAUGACUGCAAGAUAUCUCACUAGUGCAAAUAUUGGGUUUGUUCAAAUGCAAAAUUAUUUUUUAUCCUUUUUCCUUUUCAGAGCAGUAUGCAAGCUGUUGGCAGAUCUGUGACAGAUCUGUUAGGGGUGCAGUUUGCAAUAAGACAGGGCUAUGUUUACCCGGCUGUUGUUCUCAUACUAAUUAAAGGAUAAUUAGAGUUUGCAAUUUGGGAUUUAAUUUUAUUCUUUUGACCAUUGGUUAUGGUAACAUUGUAUUCACCAAAAUAAUUGUUCAGACCUGGAUCUAGGAACACUGUGACAUCAAUACAUUUCUACAGAUGAGGACAAACUUUUUUUGUUUCUUCCUCCACAUAAGUUUGUCUAACCUGGGGAUUUGUUUAAAACAUGUCUGGAUCCUCCCGUUUAUUUCCCAGUUUGCAACCCAGUUGCAUGAAAAAGUAUUGGCACUGUACGUUUCUGCAAACCACGGAUAGAUUACAUUUGUAUGUUAUUAUGUGUCCAGUAGCCCUUUUAACACAAACAUAGUGCUACAGGGCCGCCAUGAAGUCCCUUUUUCACGCAGUUUUACACAGAACCAAACAACAGCAGCAUCAUGCAGCUCCACUGUGUGAUUUUAGACAGCAUGCCAGCAGCAUCAGCCUCCAGUGUGGUGUAUAAUAUAUGCGUCGACAGUGGCAUAACAUGGUAAUGACAAUCAUUUACCAUCCCUGUUAUAUGGCGGCUGAUCCUGUCCUCUGCUUGGAGGAGCUCUCAACCUCUUCUUUGAGUUAGCUGCUAACUGCUGUUAGUAGUUUUUUCUCCCAGCAGUGUGUUGCACACAUAACACACUGUCGAAACAUCACACCAAUCCGGUCCAUGGUCCCACCCUACCAGCUGUUCUUUUUUUACACAGACGUCAAUUUGGUGCUGUUACCAUCCCCUUUGCUUGUUUAAAUGUGAGACAACUCUGUCCCCUCAUUCCACAAUUGUAUCUUUUAUACAGAAUGGCGAGGCAGAAUAACAACGUGAAAUUCCCAUCUUGAACAGGCAGUGCAAAAGGGGUGAUUGAAACUUUACAUUUCAACAGCACUGCAGUUAACACAUGGUUAUGUUUAGGCACAAAAGCCACUUGGUUGUGGUUAGAUACCCACUUCUGAUGGCACAAUCCCCGCUGGAAACACAGCAAUGUCUCUGUAGAAAAACAGCUGCUUUUCGUCACUAUUCCCAGUGGAAAUAGUGAUGACUCGAUAAAAAACAACAGGUGUUGUUUGUUCGUCUACAACAGUGGUCUUGCCUGACAAGCUAUAGACCACACCAUCCACCAUCCCCUCCACCUCCAGAUGACAAAGUCAGCUCAUAUAAUAAUGAUUAAUUAUGACGUUGAUAUGAUACAUAUGAAAUGUCCAAAUGUAACAUGGUUGUGGUUUGCCAAGAUGUACAAUGCAAACAUUUUCUACUACUACUACUACUUUCUGCCACAUGGGCAGCAAUCCGUUGUCUUUUUAACGAGGGUUGGGUUUCCAGAUCUCAGCAAUUUGAUGAUACAGUGUUCUCCUUACUGAUAAAAACCUAUAUUAUUCUGGUUAGGUCUUUCAUUAAGUUUACUACCUGUAAAAUUUAAAAUGUGAUGACUGAUGACCUCUUGAGACCCUGUAGUAUUUGCAUCCAUAACAGUCGGCACUUCUUCACUGGUUACAGCUAGAUUAUUUAAGAAAAGCUAUUUUAACAAAUUUUAACGGAGAAUUUAUUGUCUGUGAAACAUUGGGCUAACAGAGGUAAACAUUUUAUCUACUGGAGUGUAAAUAGAUGGGUAGAGUGGAUCUUUUCUUCUUGAAAGUACAAUGUGAUAUGUCAAUAUGAUAUGGUAUGUCAUCCUAACUAAUGUAUACCAGGACUGUAGUAACUUUUAUUAUAUUAACAGCCGAUGCAGCAAGCUGAGCUAGGAACCUUGAGACUGUGCAGCAUGUGGGUCUGUGUGUUUCUGAACGAACAAGCAGAGGAAGACCGGGAGAUCCCUUUGUCUGUUUGUACUGAGGUCCCCCCUUUGUGCCUUGAGCUAGACCACAGUGUACCCAGGGACGAGCCGAGUAAACACAGCGACACACAGCACUGACCCAUUUUCACCUCCACGCUCUCAUUUUUUCUGCAGCCAUUACUAUGCUAGCAAAAUUCAUUUGAGAUGAUGUAUUGUAGUUUUCCUAAUAGAGGAGCCUUAGAGUGUUGAAUGAUGAGGUCUCACACAGUGUUCCUGGUUAAAGAUCGAAUAGUCUGGCUGCAAAAUUGGAAAUGAAAAGGUUCAGCUGGAACGUUCGGAUAAUACAGCAGGAGAAAAUGAUGAUUCCUGUCCUUAAUGACACAGCUCACUAACUUUUUUUAUUUUUUACAUCCACUUCUAUUCACAGAGUGAGAGUGUGAAA